CGAGCCCAGCUGCGACUCAGCCGUUUGCCCAGACCCCGGAAAUGCAGGUCGUGAUGCCCCAAACCGUUCUCCUGCUGCUGUCGGGGGCCCUGGCUGUGGCCGAGACCUGGGCGGGCUCCCACUCCCUGAGGUAUUUCUACACCUUCGCGUCCCGGCCCCGACGCUUCAUCGCCCUCGGCUACGUGGACGACACGCAGUUCGUGCGGUUUGACAGCCGAGCUGGGAGUGGGAGAAUGGAGCCGCGGGCACCGUGGGUGGAGCAGGAGGGGCCGGAGUAUUGGGACGAGGAGACCCGAAUCGCCAAUCACAAUGCACGGUAUUACCGAGGGAGCCUGAAUAACCUGCGGGACCACUACAACCAGAGCGAGGCCGGGUCUCACACCAUCCAGCGCAUGUACGGCUGUGACGUCGGGCCCGACGGGCGCCUCCUCCGCGGGUACAGUCAGUUCGGGUACAGUCAGUUCGCCUAUGAUGGUGUGGAUUACAUUGACCUGAAUGAGGACCUGCGCUCCUGGACCGCGGCAGGCUCGGCGGCGCAGAUCACCCGCCACAAGUGGGUGGCCGAAGGUUACACUGAGCAUGACCGGAACUACCUGGAGGUCACGUGUGUGAAGUGGCUCCGCAGGUACCUGGAGAAAGGGAAGGAGAUGCUGCUCAAGGCAGAACCCCCCAACACACACGUGACACACCACCCCAUCUCUGACCGUAUUGUCACCCUGAGGUGUUGGGCUCUGGGCUUCUACCCUGCGGAGAUCACCCUGACCUGGCAGCGGGAUGGGGAAGACCUGACUCAGGACACAGAGCUUGUGGAGACCAGGCCUGCAGGAGAUGGAACCUUCCAGAAGUGGGCGGCCGUGGUGGUGCCUUCUGGAGAGGAGCAGAGAUACACAUGCCAUGUGCAGCAUGAGGGACUGCCUGAACCCAUCACCUUGAGAUGGGAGCCGCCUCCUCAUCCCACCAUCCUCACAUACAUCAUUGCUGGUCUGGCUCUCCUUGUGGUCAUUGUGGUGAUUGGAGCUGUGAUCUGGAGGAAGAAGCGGUCAGAAAGAAGAAGACGAGGCUACUCUCAUGCUGCAAGCGAUGAAAGUGCCCAGGUCUCUAAUGUGUCUCUCCCGGCUCCUAAAGAACAAUAUCUUCUAUCAAAAGAUGGCUGUUUUCACUUGGGGGCUCACUGUAGGUGUCCCUGAAAAGGACACCUGAGCCUUGGAACUGUUGUCUCUGCUGCUCCUGACACUUGGGUGACACUCAUGCCACUCAAGCUGAAAUGUCUCUGCACAGACUUAGUGCCAGAUCUAGGAGCCCAUGGCUGCCACAUCCCAUCAGUCCCGCCUCCAAGCAAGUGAAGAUGUUAAAGAUACUUUUGCCAGAGGAGAAAUGAAAAAUAUUGAGUUCUAAAAAUAUCUGUUGAAAAUGAGACACUUGUGAUUGCAUCAUGUAGUCUGCCUUCCAGUUCCUGGGGUAAGGAUUAUGAUUCCUUUGUUUUACCCCUCCUGGAGGACAAACAGCUGUGCAACAUAGUGUUCAGUUUAAACCCUCAGAAUGCCCAAGGAUAUGAGUGGAUAUUCACUGCCUGGUCUCCAGAACAUUCUCAUGAUCAUCAAAAUAUGUUGUAUGUAGGAACCUGUGCAACUCUGAAAAAGGAGUUUGGAGGGGGCCACGUUACAGAUGAAGUGUUUGGAACAGUAAAGGAAGAUGCAUCAUUACACGGAUAUAAAAAACAUAAUCUUCUGUCACAAUCUUCUCCUGCCCCAUUGACUGCAGCUGAGGAAGAAUCACGACAGAUUAAAAUUAAUGAGGCACAAAUUGACAUGGGUGUGGACACGAAGCAUCAAACACUACAAGGAGUAACAUUUCCUAUUUCUUGAGAAGCUUUUCAAGCUUUGGAAACAUUAAGUACCAGCUCAACUGUGUGCAGUUGGAAAUAGAUAUGAAAGAUGAAAUUAUAAUUUUGGCCAACACAACAAAGACAGAACUGAAAGACUUGCCAAGGAGGAGUCCCAAGGAUUCAGCACGCUACCAUUUCUUCCUGUGGGAAGAUUCCCAUGAAGGAGACGAUUUGAAGUCUUUUUAUUUAUUUUUUAUUUAUUCAAGUUUUUAUUUAUUCAAUGCUGGGAUACACAUGCAGUAAAGAGAACGGAAGCUGUAUUUUAGCUGCGAGAGCCCUCUGCUUGAAACUGUUGAAAGACAACUACAAAUGGAUGUAAUUAGAAAAAUUGAGAUAGGGUGCUUGGGUGGCUCAGUCCAGAGAGCAUUUGAGUCUUGAUUUCAGCUCAGGUCAUGAUCUCAGGGUCCUGAGAUUGAGCCCUGCAUCAGGCUCCCCACUCAGCAUGGAGUGUGCUGGAGAAUCUGUCUCCCACUCACUCUGCCUUAUCCCUGCUCAUGCUCACUCUUUAAAUAAAUAAAUAAAGUCUUAAAAAGAAAAA